AUGUUUCAGAUACUGUAUCCUGCACACCCGCACAUCAACAAGCACUACUACAUAUUCUUCCUUGAAACAUCACCAAAACACACCCUAAUCGCCCCAAUUUCGGGAACUAAACCGCAAAUUUCACUAAAAUACAUUGCUGAUACUGUAGAAAACACACCCGCCGCUUUUUUUCCCGCCUCUCCGCACCCAAUAAUGUCCGAUCGACGCCAAUUAUCCCUAGACAGAGACAGAGUCACAGUCCUCCUUCUAAUCAACGCUCUGCUCAUCAAAAAAGCUUACAGCAUCUAUGCCGGCGUGCUCAGCAACCAGCAGACGUUCCAUCUGAUGCUGCCGCAGAACCGCCAGGCCAUUCUCGAACAGUUCAACAACGUCAACAGAAGACUACAGUGUAACUUGGGCGUGUUGCUGUACAUCAGCGAUCUGUAUCAUAACAAGGCUGCUGCGCAGCAGGCGGGACGGUUCCAGUUCCCUGUGAUUUUGUCAACGCCGCCGGAGAUGCCUGAACUUCGACACUUGUACAAGAAACUCCAGGACCUCUAUCCGGAGGCGAUUCAGUUUUUGAAGCUGAAGAUGCAACACAUGAAACAACAGCAGGAUUCCGGCAUGCUGGCGGGAGGGCAGCCCCCAAUGGCGAUGUCGAAGGCGCAACAGCUCCAACAACAGAUGCCUAUUCUGGGCAAUCCACAACCAAAGCCAUCGCAACCAUAUCCGCUGCAGGCGUCUCCGUACAACUAUGACAUGAGCCAGAUGAACUCGCCGCAGGCGUUUGAUACGGGGAUGAUGGGUGUGCUGCAGCUGGGCCGGGGCCAAAUGGGCAACCAGGGGAAGAUGUACAACCCGAGCCAUAUCCAAAAGGAGUUUUCAUUCAAUGGUUCAAGUUAG